GCGGCGUCACGGGAACGGCUGAGGCCUUUUUUUUCCUCCCCUUCUCCUGGCUGGAACGGGCAGUCUCGGCCCCACGGCGUCAAGCGGGAUGUCCCUGUGAGUUCUCCUUCGGAGGAUGUCCAUGAUCCUCUUCACUUGCGUGGUGCGGAUAAAGGACGGACUUCUCUCGGCGUCCAGCGAUUUCCACCUAGACCCUCAGUUGGAAUGCAGGAAGAGACUCAACAUCCUGUCCUCCGUCCUGACACAAUAUCCAGAACGCGGCACGGCCAAGCGUGACCUCAGUAUACACUUCCACACUGCUGGGGGUGUCUCCUGUACGUGCAUUGCCAUCAGCAGUUAUCCCGCGGUGAUGGCCUUCUGUUUCCUGGAAGAGCUCCCUAAAUUUGCCAUGUCCUACAAUGCCACCAGUGUCAGUCUGGCUUCCAGGCCGUACGCUUUCCUCGAAUUCGACAGCGUCAUCCAGAAAACCCAGAACCAAUUCAACCACACCAACUGCGCUCAGCCGAAGUUCGACGUUGCCAAAAUGCAGGAGGAGCUUCGCCUGCGGCCUCCGGCCCUCGUCAGCUGGGAAGACAUGGAACUGGUCAACGGGAUGGUGAACGGCCGGGCGGAAGUCCACCUCGAGACAGCUCCUGCUUGCCGGAUGCAGCCCAUCUCUUCUUUGGGGAUCCUCUCCCUCAUCCUCAACAUCAUGUGCGGUGCGCUCAACCUCAUCCGAGGGGUUCAUCUGGCGGAAUAUGCGUGGCAGGAAGAUGGGCAAGAAAUUAGGAACGUCGUAGCGUUUCUGCUGCCUUUCCUGUCCUGCUUCGGUUUGUGUUACCUCUACCUGUUCUACACUUCCGCCCGGAAGACCAAAGUCUCCAUCCUUUUCAUGACCGUCUUCCUCUGCAACCUCUACCUAUAUGGAUUACGGAACCACUGGCAGAUUCUCUUCCACGUGGCCGUGGCGGCCUUUUCUUCUCACCAGAUCCUCACCCGGCGGGUGGCCGAGAAACCCCUGGAUUUGGGGGUGUGAGAAAGGACACCCCACGACAUCCCAGAACGGGUCGUUUUGGGGGGGGGGGAAAGUCUCAGCUUUCAACCUAUCAGCUCUGAGCAGAUUGACUCGUAAAUCUGGCGGUUGUUUUUUCUUUCCGUCCUUGCUCAAAAUAAUGCAAAAAAAGAAAAAGAAAGAAAAACACUAUUUUUUUUUUUUUUUAGACCUGUGACAGGCAGCAAAGGAAAUAACCGUCUAAAGAAAGGAAGCUUGCAAUCUUGUGGAUUAAUUUGUUAAUCCGAGAAAAGGCCGCAGGAUGUGUGCCCUGAAGAAGACGCUCCCUGCUCUGGAUUCAAGUAGAAAUUCAGAGUUUUUGAGGCUGCCGUCUGGAUUUUCCAUCCAUUUUUAUUUUUAUUUUUUUGUUAUUGUUGCUGUUCCUUUCAAGUGGAGAACAGAAAGCCACGUACAUACUGAUAAUCUGGGAAAAUCAACCUGGGAAAAAAAAAUCAGAUGCACUGAAUACUCCCAAAUUGUGUCCUAAGCUUCCUCCAAAGUUGAGCAUUGGAACUUGGUUGCAACCAUUUGGGGGGUGGGGGAGUUUACCUCCCCCGUUUAAAGCACAAGAUUAUUCACCAAGCAUUUUGGGGUUUAUAUGUGUAUAUAUAUAUAGACAUACAGACGUACAGCCAAAGUGGGCCAUUGCUGUCAUAAUGCAUAUAUAAUUUAUUAUUAUAUUAUUUGGGGAGGAAUUGUUUGGGAAACUGACUUGAAUCUCGUCUGCGUUAGACGAAAUUGUAGAUAAAUGUAUUAUAUUGAGCUGUGGGUAGAGAAGGCCACAGCCUUGAAACAACAAUGAUGGCGAAGGUGCCUUCAGAUAAUGUCCUGUAAACGUUUCCUGCACAUAUAGUCUGCUCCUCGUUUGGAUUAAAACUUGGUUACACAGUUUCAUGUU